GACCCUUCCGGGUGGUGACAAGAACUCGAUACACAAGCUCACCAGGCUGACGUCGUGGUCUAUCGGGUUACAGGCCAAAAUACACCAAGGAAUCGAAUAACAGCUUGUUCUCAGAGACAGUGGUUCACUAGGGCAUCACACAACCAGAAACAUGAAGCUACUCGCGCUGGUGUUGAUGUUUGUGGUUGUUGCGGAAUCGCGAAUAGACUGCAUCAAGAAAAUGAGAAGGGAUUACGAGGAAGAUGAUAAUAAUAUCAAGUCAAACGAGAAUGCCAAGGCCGCUAAAUGGGGCUACACAAAGAACUAUGACUAUUUCGGCAACGCAACAAGUAAGGCGCCCCUCAGUAUGACGUCACCAAUGAACCAGCUUGAAGGACCAAUCAACAAGCAGAUUAACAAGGAGCUUUACGCUCACUACACCUACUUGUCCAUGGCAUUCCAUUUUGAUAGAGAUGACAUCAACUUACCGGGAUUUAACAAGUUUUUCAAAAAGUCAUCAAAGGAAGAAUGGGAGCAUGCCCAAAUGUUCAUGGCAUAUCUUACCAAACGUGGCGGACGUGUCAAGCUGAAUGACAUCCCUACCCCGUGCCGCGACCAGUGGGGUAAUGGGCUGAUGGCGAUGGAGGAUGCCCUGGCACUAGAAAAAGAGAUUCUCUCCUCGCUCCAGGCUCUCCACCGCAAGGCCCAGGAAGAGAAUGACGCACAGAUGCAGGACUUCAUUGAGGAGACAUUCCUGAACGAGCAAAUGGACAGCAUCAAGCAGUUAUCAAACUAUGUCAGUACGCUGAGGCGACUUGGAGGGGAAGGGCUGGGGGAGUAUCAGUUUGACAAAGAGACUCUACAAUAGUACUUCACUGACGUCACACGGACUGUUCUUACGUCACGCGGACUGUCUCGACUUGGAUUGCCGUGAAUGCUUAUUUUAGCGCCCUGACUCAACACACCCCCUCCCUCGAAUGAGCGCCCUCUUUGAGACAUAAGAUAUUAAAUUAGUUCUCAACCAAAAACUUACGAAUUAAGAAUUACCUUAUGCACGGCUUAGGUACGUGACGUUAUCGUUUCCGAUCUUGACCAAAUAAUUGUCACCCCCAUUGUUUCUAUUGCUUUAUCGUUUAUGUUUUGAGAUCAGCUCGCACCCUUUCCACAGGACUGACUAAAACAUAAGCGUCCAGUGCGCUAAAACGAGUAUUACGUCUUUUGAACUACAUGACGAAACAUGUAUCUUACCCGUCUUAACGUCUGUUUAUUUAGAAAAGAAUUUGAUUUUUUUUGGGGGAAAUUGAGGUUGUUUGAGUUUAUACUGUAGGUUUUAUAUGGGGGAAUAAAUCUGAAUUAAAAGGUUUUAAUGUA